AUGGUCCGGAAUAAAAUACUUAAAAAAGACCUCCAGUCCUCCUCCUCUUCCUGUUCUCCCUCUCAAACUGAACAUGACGUCAGUAGGAAUAGUUCGCGCGCACAGAUAAUGCUUUUUUUUUUUUGUUCGGGACAAAUUGACUUGCCCCCUGAAGUGCCACCGUACACAGCACAGUCAUUGAUUAGGCAGCACAAAAGGGUUUGAUCAGCAAGAACAGGACAGGCCAGGGUUCAUGAUAGCCUAUCCAUUGCAGUGUGUAAUGCAGUGUUAAAUACACCAUCCCAGCAGCGCAAAAAAGGAGGAAGUACAUUUUCUUAGAAAUAUAACAUAUCCCUGUGCUUCUCCAUGCAUGCUCUUCCUAUAGCCUAUAGUAAAGGCUAUGGGUCAUUUGAUUGAGACCACACUAGGCCCACUCCCAGCAGAGAAUCAGGGAUGAGGGGCAGCGUCACAUCGAGAUAUAAUAAUAAGCAAUUCAUUCUCAAACUCUGAGCAAUAUGACAUUUAAUUGAUUACAAAUGACAUGACCCUCCCCUGGACUGAAUAAAAAAAUAAAUACUAAACCCUCCCCCUGACUGAAGUUGAAAAAGCAUGACCCUCCCCAUUUUCCUCCGGGUAACUGUUGUGUAAAUGUCGACCUCUCCCUAACUUGACUUACUUUUGACUCAAACCCUUUCACUCGGGUUCUGUGUUGAGUUGUUUUGUGUUGAGCCAAGCCUCAGCAUUUAGCCUAUCAAUCAGCAUAACCCGUUUUGCUACUGUUUCUCCAGGUGCACACCCAGGGCCAGUUGGCCUACAGGGAGGACUACGUCCAGGAUGGUUACGCUACGGACUGCUGCGCUGCCGACCACCACCCCCACCAGAUCCCCCUCCUGCCCCCGCGGGCCCACUCCCCCCUGCCCCUCGCUGCGGACCGGGGAGGCUGGAUAGGCACACCCCAGCCCUCACUGGAGGGGGGCCUCCGUAGUCUACCUGAUUCUGGUCGCGCCUCGCCCAGUCUGAGAGACGGAGAGUUCUUCCUACGCCUCCUUCAGAUGGAGGUGGAGAGGAUGGAGGGAUGGUGUCAGAACAUGGAGAGAGAGGCGGAGGAGAACGAGCUGCCGGAGGAGGGUGAGGAAAGGGGGAGGAAAGGGGGGAGGGGGGUGAGACAUUGGAUGAGGGGUGGGGGUUGUCAGAAAGAGGAGAGAGUAAGUUAUAGGAAAGAUGGACUGGUUUGAGCCUUAGCUCACAUAUUGCACACGUUUGACUUUCUACUUCCUUUGUCCUGACACCCCCCCCCCCCCCCCCCCCCCUUCCUGUUUCCUACAUCCUGUUUCCUGUGUGUUUCGUGUCCAGUUCUGGAGCUGAUCCGUAACGCGGUGGGCAGUGCCCAGAUGCUCAUGUCUCAGAAGGUCCAGCAGUUCUUCCGCCUGUGCCAGCAAAGCGUGGUGAGCGGGUGUGAUGGUGAUCACACGCGCGCUUGUGUCUGUGUGUGUGUGUGUGUGUGUGUGUGUGUGUGUGUGUGUGUGUGUGUGUGUGUGUGUUUGUUUAACUAUCCAUGUGGGAACCAGAAGUGCUCACAAGGAUAGUAAAACAAGGAAAAUGUGGGGAUAUUUCGCCGGUCCCCUCAACAAAAAAGGCUAUUUUAGGCUCAGGGGUUAGGUUUAGGGUUAGGGUUAAGGUUAGGGGUUAGGUUUAGGGUUAGCGUUAAGGUUAGGGGUUAGGUUUAGGGUUAGGGUUUAGGUUAGGGGUUAGGGAAAAUAGGAUUUUGAAUGGGAAUCAAUUGUUUUUAUCCACAAGGAUAGUAAAACAAAGGUGUGUGUGUGUGUGUGUGUGUGUGUGUGUGUGUUGUGUGUGUGUGGUGUGUGUGUGUGUUGUGUGUGUGUGUGUGUGGUGUGUGUGUGUGUGUGUGUGUGUGUGUGUGGUGUGUGUGUGUGUGUGUGUGUGUGCGACGUGCAUCUUCUCUCUCUCUCUACCAAUAUGAAUGAGACCUAGCUAUGGGGAUAUCUACCAAUAUGAAUGAGACCUAGCUAUGGGGUCUAUCUACCAAUAUGAAUGAGACCUCAGCUAUGGGAUAUUACCAAUAUGAAUGAGACCUAGCUAUGGGGAUAUCUACCAAUAUGAAUGAGACCUAGCUAUUGGGGAUAUCUACCAAUAUGAAUGAGACCUAGCUAUGGGAUAUCUACCAAUAUGAAUGCGACCUAGAGACCUAUGAAUGAGACCUAGCUAUGGGGAUAUCUACCAAUAUGAAUGAGACCUAGCUAUGGGGAUAUCUACCAAUAUGAAUGAGACCUAGCUAUGGGGAUAUCUACCAAUAUGAAUGAGACCUAGCUAUGGGGAUAUCUACCAAUAUGAAUGAGACCUAGCUAUGGGGAUAUCUACCAAUAUGAAUGAGACCUAGCUAUGGGGAUAUCUACCAAUAUGAAUGAGACCUAGCUAUGGGGAUAUCUACCAAUAUGAAUGAGACCUAGCUAUGGGGAUAUCUACCAAUAUGAAUGAGACCUAGCUAUGGGGAUAUCUACCAAUAUGAAUGAGACCUAGCUAUGGGGAUAUCUACCAAUAUGAAUGAGCCCUAGCUAUGGGGAUAUCUACCAAUAUGAAUGAGCCCUAACUAUGGGGAUAUCUACCAAUAUGAAUGAGACCUAGCUAUGGGGAUAUCUACCAAUAUGAAUGAGCCCUAGCUAUGGGGAUAUCUACCAAUAUGAAUGAGACCUAGCUAUGGGGAUAUCUACCAAUAUGAAUGAGACCUAGCUAUGGGGGUAUCUACCAAUAUGAAUGAGCCCUAGCUAUGGGGAUAUCUACCAAUAUGAAUGAGACCUAGCUAUGGGGAUAUCUACCAAUAUGAAUGAGACCUAGCUAUGGGCAUAUAUUCUACUGCUAAUACACAGUUUUCUCCUAAUCAUUUCUCAUGAUCCCUACCCCACUUAUGAUUUAUUUAACCCUUACCUCCACCCCUCACCCCUCCAGGACCCAUCAGCAUACCCCCAGCCCACCUCUCAGGACCUGUCCGGGCUGUGGGACCUGCUCCAGCUCAACAUGGAAGACGUCAGGGUCAAGUUCCAGCACCUCCAGAGGCUCAAGGACUCCGGCUGGAGGCUGCCCCCAGACAAGAAGGUGAGAGCUGGGGUCCGCUUGGCCCUGCUGCCCCCCCUGACCCUGGAUCAUUCCCCAGAGCUAAGAUGGCAGAGUGUCAGAGAGUGGCACAGAUGGUGCUGCUGCCUCCAAGCCAGCCCUGCACAACUUCAAGAGAAACUGAGGGGAGAGGCUUUGAGCCGAAAUGGCUCAAAGCGUUGAGCUUUAAAGUUUUGUGUUAGUUCUGAAAGCCAAAAUUAGCUGAGCCUGUUAGAGCUAAAAUGACUGAGUGCUGUUUCAAAGCUUUAUGGCAAUACUUCUGAUGUAUUGUUUUGGGGGAGACAGGAAGAACAAAACUCACAGUAGCAACUGACAGCUAUUAAUGAGCUCUUACACAUCAUUUCUCUCUCUUUCCUUCCCCUCUUCCUCCACAUACUGAUCCAUAUUGGUGUCUUUAUUUGGCCUGAAUAUUCUGCACUCCUUUUUUUUUUUCUUGUCUACUCUCCCUUUUGUAUUGUUUCAUGGUUGUCUUCAUUGUGUUGGUUUGAAUUGUUUCAUGUAUUGUACAUGACAUUAUCCAUCUGUCCAUCCCUACAAUCUUCUGUUUGCCCUUGAUCCUUCUCUCAUGUUCUCCCUCAACCCUUCCAUCCUUCCAUAAUGUCCACCACAUCCCACUGACUACCAUCCUUUCAUAAUGUCCACCACAUCCCACUGACUACCAUCCUUUCAUAAUGUCCACCACAUCCCACUGACUACCAUCCUUUCAUAAUGUCCACCACAUCCCACUGACUACCAUCCUUUCAUAAUGUCCACCACAUCCCACUGACUACCAUCCUUUCAUAAUGUCCACCACAUCCCACUGACUACCAUCCUUUCAUAAUGUCCACCACAUCCCACUGACUACCAUCCUUUCAUAAUGUCCACCACAUCCCACUGACUACCAUCCUUUCAUAAUGUCCACCACAUCCCACUGACUACCAUCCUUUCAUAAUGUCCACCACAUCCCACUGACUACCAUCCUUUCAUAAUGUCCACCACAUCCCACUGACUACCAUCCUUUCAUAAUGUCCACCACAUCCCACUGACUACCAUCCUUUCAUAAUGUCCACCACAUCCCACUGACUACCAUCCUUUCAUAAUGUCCACCACAUCCCACUGACUACCAUCCUUCCAUAAUGUCCACCACAUCCCACUGACUACCAUCCUUUCAUAAUGUCCACCACAUCCCACUGACUACCAUCCUUUCCAUAAUGUCCACCACAUCCCACUGACUACCAUCCUUCCAUAAUGUCCACCACAUCCCACUGACUACCAUCCUUUCAUAAUGUCCACCACAUCCCACUGACUACCAUCCUUUCAUAAUGUCCACCACAUCCCACUGACUACCAUCCUUCCAUAAUGUCCACCACAUCCCACUGACUACCAUCCUUUCAUAAUGUCCACCACAUCCCACUGACUACCAUCCUUUCAUAAUGUCCACCACAUCCCACUGACUACCAUCCUUUCAUAAUGUCCACCACAUCCCACUGACUACCAUCCUUUCAUAAUGUCCACCACAUCCCACUGACUACCAUCCUUUCAUAAUGUCCACCACAUCCCACUGACUACCAUCCUUUCAUAAUGUCCACCACAUCCCACUGACUACCAUCCUUUCAUAAUGUCCACCACAUCCCACUGACUACCAUCCUUUCAUAAUGUCCACCACAUCCCACUGACUACCAUCCUUCCAUAAUGUCCACCACAUCCCACUGACUACCAUCCUUCCAUAAUGUCCACCACAUCCCACUGACUACCAUCCUUCCAUAAUGUCCACCACAUCCCACUGACUACCAUCCUUCCAUAAUCAUAAUGUCCACCACAUCCCACUGACUACCAUCCUUCCAUAAUCAUAAUGUCCACCACAUCCCACUGACUACCAUCCUUCCAUAAUGUCCACCACAUCCAUUGACUCAACCCCCCCCCCCCCUCCCCCCCCCCAACCCCCCUCAGGACGACAAGAAGCUUCCUCCCCCAUUACCAAAGAAGCCAGCAGGGGGAGUGACCGGCAGCCUCCGUGCCGACAGCGUCAGCGACCCCUCAGUAGAACGAGGCGGAGGGGUGCUGGUGGUGCCCCAUAGCGGGGGUGUGGGGCGGGCCGUGCCUGUCCGGGAGAAGUCCCUCGACCUGGGGGACAGACAGAGGACUGAGGCCCGCAGGAGAAUGCUCCAGACCAAGAGGUCCGCUUCCUUCAGACAGAACUCAGCCACGGAGAGCGCGGACAGCAUCGAGAUCUACAUCCCCGAGGCUCAGACCCGGCUCUGA